AUGGAUAGCAAGGUCUCGGGCACCACCAGCAAUGGAGAGACCAAACCAGUGUGCCCAGGCGUGGAAAAGGCGGCGGAGGACGGCGCCCUGCAGCGAGACCAGUGGAGCAACAAGAUGGAGUUCGUGCUGUCCGUGGCUGGGGAGAUUAUUGGGCUGGGCAACGUCUGGAGGUUCCCCUACCUCUGCUACAAAAACGGGGGAGGUGCCUUCUUCAUCCCCUACCUCAUCUUCCUCUUUACCUGCGGCAUUCCUGUCUUCCUCCUGGAGACGGCGCUGGGCCAGUACACCAGUCAGGGGGGCAUCACUGCCUGGAGGAAGAUCUGCCCCAUCUUUGAGGGCAUCGGCUACGCCUCCCAGAUGAUCGUCACCCUCCUCAACAUCUACUACAUCAUCGUCCUGGCCUGGGCCCUCUUCUACCUCUUCAGCAGCUUUACUGUCGACCUGCCCUGGGGGAACUGCCGCCACGACUGGAACACGGAGCGCUGCGUGGAGUUCCAGAGGACCAAUGGCUCUCUGAAUGCGACCGCUGAGAAUGCCACCUCUCCCGUCAUCGAGUUCUGGGAGAGGCGGGUCCUGAAGAUCUCGGAGGGCAUCCAGCACCUGGGGGCCCUGCGCUGGGAGCUGGCCCUGUGCCUCCUGCUCGCCUGGGUCGUCUGCUACUUCUGCAUCUGGAAGGGCGUCAAGUCCACGGGCAAGGUGGUGUACUUCACGGCCACCUUCCCUUACCUCAUGCUGGUGGUCCUGUUGAUUCGAGGGGUGACGCUGCCCGGGGCAGCCCAAGGAAUUCAGUUCUACCUGUACCCAAACCUCACGCGUCUCUGGGACCCCCAGGUGUGGAUGGAUGCGGGUACCCAGAUCUUCUUCUCCUUCGCCAUCUGCCUAGGGUGCCUGACAGCCUUGGGCAGCUACAACAAGUACCACAACAACUGCUACAGGGACAGCAUCGCGCUCUGCUUCCUCAACAGCGGCACCAGCUUCGUGGCCGGGUUUGCCAUCUUCUCCAUCCUGGGCUUCAUGUCCCAAGAGCAGGGGGUGCCCAUCUCUGAGGUGGCUGAGUCAGGCCCCGGCCUGGCCUUCAUCGCCUACCCCCGGGCAGUGGUGAUGUUGCCCUUCUCACCCCUCUGGGCCUGCUGCUUCUUCUUCAUGGUCGUCCUCCUGGGACUGGACAGCCAGUUCGUGUGCGUGGAAAGCCUGGUGACGGCGCUGGUGGACAUGUACCCCCGUGUGUUCCGCAAGAAGAACCGCAGGGAGGUCCUCAUUCUGGGGGUGUCUGUCACCUCCUUCCUCGUCGGGCUGGUCAUGCUCACAGAGGGCGGCAUGUACGUGUUCCAGCUCUUUGACUACUAUGCGGCCAGUGGCAUGUGCCUGCUGUUUGUGGCCAUCUUCGAGUCCUUCUGCGUGGCGUGGGCCUACGGAGCUGGGCGCUUCUAUGACAACAUCGAGGACAUGAUUGGGUACAGGCCGUGGCCUCUCAUCAAAUACUGUUGGCUCUUCCUCACGCCGGCUGUGUGCACAGCCACCUUCCUCUUCUCCCUGAUCAAGUACACCCCGCUGACCUACAACAAGAAGUACAAGUACCCGUGGUGGGGCGAUGCCCUGGGCUGGCUCCUGGCCCUCUCCUCCAUGGUCUGCAUUCCUGCCUGGAGCUGCUACAAGCUCAGCACCCUCAAGGGCUCUUUCAGAGAGAGAGUUCGCCAGCUCCUCUGCCCAGCCGAGGACCUUCCCCAGGGGCACCGAGCAGGACCCUCUGCCCGGGCCACACCCAGGACAUCACUUCUCAUCCUGACCGAGCUGGAGCCUCACCGCUAG